CACUUCCGUGUGCCGAGGCGCCGGAGCCCUAGGCGGCUGCAGCCCAGAUUCCCGGAGCGACCCCCGGCGCCCGCUCGCCGCGCCGAGGCCCGGGCCACACCUCACUUGCCGCUGGGCCCAUCCCAGUCAGCCCCGCGCCGAACCCCGUCCGCGCGCCGGGGAGCAGCGCCUCCGCCGCUGCCGCCGCGACCCUUGGCGCCUGCCCCUGCACCAGGAGCCCCACUGCAGGCCCCACCAUGGCGCCGUUCCUGCGCAUCGCCUUCAACUCCUAUGAGCUGGGCUCCCUGCAGGCUGAGGACGAGGCGAACCAGCCCUUCUGUGCUGUGAAGAUGAAGGAGGCGCUCAGCACAGAGCGUGGGAAAACACUGGUGCAGAAGAAGCCAACCAUGUAUCCUGAGUGGAAGUCUACGUUCGAUGCCCACAUCUACGAGGGGCGCGUCAUCCAGAUCGUGCUAAUGCGGGCAGCAGAGGAGCCGGUGUCUGAGGUGACCGUGGGUGUGUCAGUGCUGGCCGAGCGCUGCAAGAAGAACAACGGCAAGGCUGAGUUCUGGCUGGACCUGCAGCCUCAGGCCAAGGUGUUGAUGUCUGUUCAGUAUUUCCUGGAGGACGUGGAUUGCAAACAGUCUAUGCGCAGUGAGGACGAGGCCAAGUUCCCAACGAUGAACCGCCGCGGAGCCAUCAAACAGGCCAAAAUCCACUACAUCAAGAACCAUGAGUUUAUCGCCACCUUCUUUGGGCAACCCACCUUCUGUUCUGUGUGCAAAGACUUUGUCUGGGGCCUCAACAAGCAAGGCUACAAAUGCAGGCAAUGUAACGCUGCCAUCCACAAGAAAUGCAUCGACAAGAUCAUCGGCAGAUGCACUGGCACCGCGGCCAACAGCCGGGACACUAUAUUCCAGAAAGAACGCUUCAACAUCGACAUGCCACACCGCUUCAAGGUUCACAACUACAUGAGCCCCACCUUCUGUGACCACUGCGGCAGCCUGCUUUGGGGACUGGUGAAGCAGGGAUUAAAGUGUGAAGACUGCGGCAUGAAUGUGCACCAUAAAUGCCGGGAGAAGGUGGCCAACCUCUGCGGCAUCAACCAGAAGCUCUUGGCUGAGGCCUUGAACCAAGUCACCCAGAGAGCCUCCCGGAGAUCAGACUCGGCCUCCUCAGAGCCUGUUGGGAUAUAUCAGGGUUUCGAGAAGAAGACCGGAGUUGCCGGGGAGGACUCGCAAGACAACAGUGGGACCUACGGCAAGAUCUGGGAGGGCAGCAGCAAAUGCAACAUCAACAACUUCAUCUUCCACAAGGUCCUGGGCAAAGGCAGCUUCGGGAAGGUGCUGCUUGGAGAGCUGAAGGGCAGAGGAGAGUACUUUGCCAUCAAGGCCCUCAAGAAGGAUGUGGUCCUGAUCGACGACGAUGUGGAAUGCACCCUGGUGGAGAAGCGGGUGCUGACACUCGCCGCAGAGAAUCCCUUUCUCACCCACCUCAUCUGCACCUUCCAGACCAAGGACCACCUGUUCUUUGUGAUGGAGUUCCUCAACGGGGGGGACCUGAUGUACCACAUCCAGGACAAAGGCCGCUUUGAACUCUACCGUGCCACGUUUUAUGCCGCUGAGAUAAUGUGUGGACUGCAGUUUCUACACAGCAAGGGCAUCAUUUACAGGGACCUCAAACUGGACAAUGUGCUGCUGGACCGGGAUGGCCACAUCAAGAUUGCCGACUUUGGGAUGUGCAAAGAGAACAUAUUCGGGGAGAACCGGGCCAGCACCUUCUGCGGCACCCCUGACUAUAUCGCCCCUGAGAUCCUACAGGGCCUGAAGUACACAUUCUCUGUGGACUGGUGGUCUUUCGGGGUCCUUCUGUACGAGAUGCUCAUUGGCCAGUCCCCCUUCCAUGGUGAUGAUGAGGAUGAACUCUUCGAGUCCAUCCGUGUGGACACGCCACAUUAUCCCCGCUGGAUCACCAAGGAGUCCAAGGACAUCCUGGAGAAGCUCUUUGAAAGGGAACCAACCAAGAGGCUGGGAGUGACUGGAAACAUCAAAAUCCACCCCUUCUUCAAGACCAUAAACUGGACUCUGCUGGAAAAGCGGAGGUUGGAGCCACCCUUCAGGCCCAAAGUGAAGUCCCCCAGAGACUACAGCAACUUCGACCAGGAGUUCCUGAACGAGAAGGCGCGCCUCUCCUACAGCGACAAGAACCUCAUCGACUCCAUGGACCAGUCUGCAUUCGCCGGCUUCUCCUUUGUGAACCCCAAAUUCGAGCACCUCCUGGAAGAUUGAGGUUCCUGGACAGAGCAGGCUAGCCCCGCCCUCCACCCACACCUGCCCGCUUCCCACGAUAAGCACCAGUGGGACUGUGGUGACUUCUGCUGCUGGCCCCGCCCCUGCCCCCAGAGCAUCCUUGGCUCCUGUCUGGCCGGGCUGUCAUGGUACUUCCUCUGUGAACUGUGUGUGAAUCUGCUUUUCCUCUGCCCUCGGAGGGAAAUUGUAAAUCCUGUGUUUCAUUACUUGAAUGUAGUUAUCUAUUGAAAAUAUAUAUUAUAUAUAUAGACAUAUAUAUAAUAGGCUGUAUAUAUUGCUUAGUAGAGAAAAACUAUGGGGGACUGGUGAUAUGUUGAUCUUUUUCAAAAAAAUAUAUAUAUGACAAAAAAAAAAAAAAGGAGCACAAGCUGUUUGAACCACCAGGUUCUUUUAUUUGUGUGUCUAAAUAAACACCAAAUGGUACCAA